CUACGCUGUGUGGGCGCUGCUUCUGCAACCCGGGUUCCGCCGCGUGCCUCUGAGGCUGCAGGUACCCUACGUUGGCGCGAGUGCCCGGCAGGUUGAGCACGUGCUAUCGUUGUUGCGAGGCCGCCCUGGAAAAAUGGUGGAUCUAGGCUCUGGUGAUGGCAGGAUCGUGCUGGCGGCCCACCAAUGUGGUCUCCGUCCAGCUGUGGGUUAUGAGCUGAACCCGUGGCUUGUGGGACUUGCACGACUGCAUGCCUGGAGGGCUGGUUGUUCUGGGAGUGUCUGCUACCAUCGAAAGGAUCUCUGGAAGGUGAACCUCAGAGACUGUCACAAUGUGUCUGUGUUCCUGGCCCCCAGUGUGCUCCCACUACUGGAGGACAAGCUGCAAGUAGAACUACCUGCAGGGGCCCGUGUGGUGUCUGGACGUUUCCCCCUUCCCACCUGGCAGCCUGUAGCAGUGGUGGGUGAAGGCCUGGACAGAGUCUGGGCCUAUGAUGUCCAUGGUACUGGGCCUGCCGUGCCUUCUUGUGGGGUGCCCAUCAAGGCCAUCCCAAAGUCCACUUCUACCUCCAUCCCUAGGACUGUUGUUUGACAGGCUGGCUGACUGAUAUAAUAAAGACUCUGUGGGUUCAAUUCUGA